CCCAACAACUCUCACAUGAAGGAGGCUCCUGUCCGCCAACCAGGAAACCAGACGAGCAGGACUUGUUACAGCAGCGCCCUCUGCAGCACGAGCUCAUAUAAGCACAGGAAGCAGACUGACGUAACCAGAAUCCUAAAGAUGGCGGCGUUGGUUGCGCCUCGUCUGGCCUAUUUUGGCUCAUUUUCAACAAGGCCUAUUUCAGUGUUUGCGGUUCAACAGAAGAGUCUGCACAGCAGUGCAAAGAGCGAGAAUGCCUCCACGACUGUGAUUCCUGUCAGAGAGAAGAGCACGGCAGUGGCAGCAGCCAAACCAGCAGCUGUAGCCAGCAGCAAGGGGGAGUAUGUUAUUACUAAACUGGACGACUUGGUUAACUGGGCACGCAGGAGCUCUAUGUGGCCCAUGACCUUCGGCCUGGCAUGUUGCGCUGUGGAGAUGAUGCACAUGGCGGCGCCUCGUUACGACAUGGACCGAUUUGGAGUGGUGUUCAGAGCCAGUCCCCGGCAGUCUGAUGUCAUGAUCGUGGCAGGAACGCUGACCAAUAAGAUGGCUCCAGCUCUGCGGAAGGUGUACGACCAGAUGCCUGAGCCCAGAUACGUCAUUUCCAUGGGAAGCUGUGCUAACGGAGGAGGCUACUACCACUACUCGUACGCCGUCGUUAGAGGUUGUGACCGAAUUGUACCAGUGGACAUUUAUGUUCCAGGUUGUCCCCCGACUGCAGAGGCUCUCCUCUACGGCACUUUACAGCUUCAGAGGAAAAUCAAGCGUGAGAAGAAGAUGACAAUUUGGUAUCGGAAGUGAAUGUGUUAUAUGUGUGUGUAUCUGGUAUGUAAAUGUUGUAUUUCUGGUUUCACUUGGAGCACAGCUCCUCUUCCAUGUAGAGCUGCAGGAACAUAAUAAAGUCAUUGUUGUAAUUUAGACUCAGUACACUGGCAUUUAUUUUAAACCAAACAGCAGCGGUCUUUUUUCUGCUCCUUGAGUUCAUUAGUAACAUCUGAGACUGUUUCUGUAACAGGAAACACAUGUAAACUUGUUACGCACAAGGUUUGAGCUUUUGUCAGAUUUAAGCCAUAUAGUUUGAGUUAUAAUUCAUCUCUAUUCAGAUAGCCACAUGCAUUGUUUCUCCUUUACAAUACCAAACUCUCAAGCUGUUAUGACCGUUAGAUCAGAGUGUCAUCCUAUAUCAUGUUAUAUUAUGUAAAAUUUUAAAUAAACCUGGCUCACAUGAUUAUACAUUA